AUGAUUCUCCUCUUCUUCUUCGUGUUCCCCCAAUUCAGAUUUAUUUCGUAUGAUUCUCCUCUUCUUCCCGACUUCCCCCAAUUCAGAAUUUCUUAUGAUUCUCACUCUUCUUCCCGACUUCCCCCAAUUCGGAAUUUCAUUUCGUAUGAUUCUCACUCUUCUUCCCCCCAAUUCAGGAUUUAUGUGAUUCUCUCUUCUUCGAAUUCCCCAAUUAUGAUUUUUCUCUUCUCUUCUUUACUUCCCCCAAUUCCUAUUUCAUUUCGUAUGAUUCUCUCUUCUUCCCCGACUUCCCCAAUUCAGAUUUCGUUUGAUUCUCACUCUUCUUAUGACUUCCCCAAUUCGAAAUUUCGUAUGAUUCUCCUCUUCUUCCCCGACUUCCCCCAAUUCAGAUUUAUUAUUGAUUCUCUCUCUUCUUCCCCCCAGAUUACUUCCCCCAAUUCAGAAUUUCGUAUGAUUCUCCUCUUCUCCCCCAAUUCGACUUCCCCCAAUUCGGAAUUUCGUAUGAUUCUCCUCUCUCUUCCCGACUUCCCCAAUUGGGAAUUUCGUAUGAUUCUCCUCUUCUUCCCCGACUUCCCCAAUUCGGAAUUUCGUUUGAUUCUCCUCUUCUUCUCCCCGACUUCCCCCAAUUCGGAAUUUCGUAUGAUUCUCACUCUUCUUUCGACUUCCCCCAAUUCGGAAUUUAUGAUUCUAACUCUUCUUCCCCGACUUCCCCCAAUUCGGGGAUUUCAUUCUGAUUCUCCUCUUCUUCCCCGACUUCCCCCAAUUCGGAAUUUCAUUUCGUAUGAUUCUCUCUCUCUUCCCCCAAUUCAGAUUUCAAUUUCGUAUGAUUCUCCUCUUUCUUCCCCCAAUUUGUUAUGUCUUCUCUUCUUCCCUGAUUUCCCCAAUUUCGUCACUUUUUCUCCUCUUCUCACCCGACUUCCCCAAUUCAAAUUUCGUAUGAUUCUCCUCUUCACCCGACUUCCCCAAUUCAGAUUUCGUAUGAUUCCUCUUCUUCUCUUCCCCAAUUCUUUUCGUAUGAUUCUCACUCUUCUCUCCCUUCCCCAAUUCAGAUUUCGUAUGAUUCUCCUCUUCUUCCCCGACCUCCCCCCAAUUCGGAGAUUUCGUAUGAUUCUCACUCUUCUCACUAUUUCGACUUCCCCCAAUUCGGAAUUUCGUAUUUCGUCUGAUUCUCCUCUUCUUUAUGUCCCCCAAUUCGGAAUUUCGUAUGAUUCUCUCUCUCUCUUUCCAAUUCGGUUAUUCUCCCUCAACUUCCCCCAAUUGGGAAUUUCGUAUGAUUCUCACUCUUCUUCCCCGACUUCCCCAAUUCAGAUUUCGUAUAUUCUCCUCUUCUCACCCGACUUCCCCCAAUUCGGAAUUUCGUAUGAUUCUAACUCUUCUUCCCGACUUCAAUUCAGAUUUCGUAUGAUUCUCACUCUUCUUCCCCGACUUCCCCCCAAUUCUCUUUUUCGUAUGAUUCUCUCUUCUUCCCCGACUUUCCCCAAUUGGGAAUUUCUCUCUGAUUCUCCUCUUCUUCCCCGACUUCCCCAAUUCGGAAUUUCGUUAUGUCUCUCACUUCUUCUCCCGACUUCCCCAAUUCGGAAUUUCGUAUGA